CCUACAGACAGCUGUUUACGAUCUUGCUAUAAUGGCCGACGAGUCUUGCCCCAGCCGUGUUUCAAAAAUGUUUGAAUUUAAACCCAAUUUUUGUACACUGAAAACAAUAAAUUAAUCGUGACAAUGAUUGAAAACAAAGUGCGUCAUGACUGAAACCAGUUCCGACACCUUAGAAUUACCAACAUUUGGUAUGAAUGAAUUAAUUUCGUAAUUAAGUAUAAACAAAAACCCUAAUAUAAACAAAAGUGGAUUUUGGGAACAAGCAAUCUACGUAAGUUGCGACUACGACAAUUAAUCCAUGUGAGAAAAAUGGACGAUGAGGCCUCAAAUAAGUUGAAAAAAGAACGGAACUUUCCCACUUUGGACCUUUCAGAACAGUCGACCCUCAAUACAUGCCCUCAUCCAAUACUCGAGAUCCAGUCACCGAAGACUCCCACUCUCUCUCGGAAGCUGAAAGCAGUGAGCUUAGAUUCAGAUCCUCCAAAACAAUCAACAAGCUUAGAAGUAGCAAGGGAUGUUUUCUCUAUGCCAAAUACUCCAAAAAGACAAAUCAAACAUAAACUGUCAUGUGAAUUUGACGAUGGUAAUCAUAAAACAACCUUAACACCAAAUUUUAGUUCAAAUUUGAAGAAGUUUGCUUCGAACAACAGUAUUUCGGGCUCUCAAACCCUCAAAACGCUACCUGAAAUCAUGACAUUGCAAGAUUUUUCUGACAACAGGACUGAACCAGUUCGCAUUAAGGCAAAAGGGUUAUUAGAAAGACGGGGCUCUAAUGCUAGUCUAACCAUAGAUUUAGGCUCCAAUUCUAGUAUUUCGGAAAAACCCACCACUUUUGUGAGGCUAAACGCUGCUAAAAGCGUUUCCAACUUAAACUUGACCACUUUCGGUUCCAAUGACAGGUGUUCGUGCGUUAUGUUGGAGAGAAAACCCAGCGAGCGUAGAAAAUCGCAGGAGGCAUGUGGCAAUUGCAUUAUUUAUGAAUCAGUACCGAGCAAGGCAAAUGGAUGCAAGACAAAUAAGUGUGGGGCCAUUCCAAAGCGGUGUAAUUGCUCUUCUAUCAAGUGUCGUCGGAAAUCGCUCUCUAACGAGAAUUUGUAUGUGCCUCCUUGUGGGUUUUGUCAGAAGGGCGCUUACAAGGAUUGCGCUACUAAACAUUGUAAGGGAUACCGGAAGGCAUAUUAUCCCAGGCAGCCAGAUGUAGAUGCGUCGCAACUAUUAUCGGAAGAUUUUAAGAUGCAUUUAGAAAAUGUACAGUAUUUACAAACAGCAGGAAGCGUGCUUUCAAUUUCCGAUUUGAAAAUGGCAUGCGAGGUGUCUAGAGUUCCAAAGUUGCAUUCGGAAUUCUGGGAAGUUCCUUUAAACCUCCAAGAAAAGUGUUAUGUGUCUGGCAGCCAGAAUCGAAACAGAUACAAAGGGGUGUUGCCCAACGAACAUAGUCGGGUGCAUCUACCAUGUGCACAGACCUACAUCCAUGCAAAUUAUAUCAAGGGGCCGGAUUACACUGAAACCGCCUACAUAGCCACUCAAGGCCCUAUGACGCACACAUGUCAAGACUUCUGGGAGAUGGUGUGGCAUACAAAUUGCGUUUGCAUCGUAAUGUUAACAAACCUAGUCGAAAAAGGGCGGAGCAAAUGCGAACUGUACUUUCCAUUGGGUAAAAAGGACCAAUCCGCUUCCAAAUCAUUUUUCUACGUAAAAACCACUCGCGAACGUGACAAAUUCACAUUCGACACGAAUCGAAACAGCCAACAAACUGAAGAAGAAACUUUUAAAUUCGACGAAUUGGACGAAGUCGAAUACGGACACUACAAAAUCAAGUACAUCAAGGAAGAAAACUUGGAAGAAUGUGUCAUACGUCACCUGGAAAUCGUCAACACCGAGAAAAAAGAAUCGCGGAAUAUUCGACACUACUGGUUUCCUAACUGGCAAGAUCACAAAAUGGCCAAUCCGGAGCAACUUUUAAAAAUGGCCUUGCAUUUGUUGAACGACAAUAACAAAACCGAAACGCCGGUUAAACCUGAAAAACCCAAACUUAAACCAAUGCGGAGAGAAAGGCGGAGAUCUAGCGACGGCGUCGUGAAGACUCCGCCUGUUGUUGUUCAUUGUAGCGCGGGGAUUGGUCGGACUGGUUGUUUUUUGGCGAUUUUGAACGGGAUUCAGCAGUUGAAGACCAACUUCAAUGUUGACGUUUUGGCCAUUUUGUGUUCAUUAAGGUUGAAUAGGGGAGGGAUGGUACAGACGGCUGAGCAAUAUGAGCUGAUACACAGAGUGUUGAAUUUGUACGUGGACACAAUGUAAGACACCACUCGUAAUCAAAAUGAGAAAGAGAUGUCAAAAUUGUUGGCAUGAUUUUUGAGCGGGACGACAUUCCAUAUCUUUUUUUAUUUAUUUGACAAUGAGUCGAUGACAUGUGUCGAGCUGCUCUAGUUUCAGAAACGGCUAUAGAAGCGUGACGUUUCGGUCGUAGUAAUCGUUCAGGACACAAUAUCUAAAAAAUCCAUGAUAAUCAUUUGUAUAGACUAUAUGUGAUAAUUUCUAGAUAUAAGCAGAUUCUGUGUAAAUAUUGUUCGUUUUUUAUUUUCUAUAUUUUUGUUUUUGUUUUGUGUCUGCUGUUUUGAAGUAUUUAUUUGACACUUAGAGAAUUUUAUAUAUACAUAUAUAAAAUGAGAUUUUUGUAUUUUAGCCAGUGAUAAUAGGUAUACUGUUUUAACUUUGUAGGUGUCCAACUUAAUGAAAGUAUUUUAACCUACUGACUCAUUAAUAAAAAAUGAGUUUCUUUUUAACCAUAUGAAAUAUUGGACACUUUUAAGAAAUUCGUAAUUUAGCCGUCGGUAGUCUUUAUUAAACAGACAGAACUAUAUUACAACAAAAUGCCAUUUUGAAUUCCUAGCAAUAUUUUGUAAGUGAUUUUUAGAUUAAGUUCAUCUCAUCAUGCAAAUGUGAUUGUCAGGUUGGUACUGUUGUUUCCUCAUAUUUUCUUAACGAACAUCAUUCGAUACACACAAUGGUGCCAAUUUGAAUAAAAAAAGAGUGAUUUUUUUACGAAGACCUUAUAACUUUUAAGGCAAAAAACGAAAUUUUCUUAACAUUUUUCAGUGUAAGGUAUUUGUAUUUACGUCACCCAUCUCUCUUUGAUUGCAUAUACAGAGUGAUGGUUACACCCUGUAUAUGUAUAACCUAUCCCAGUACAAAUUAAACGCUUUCGUUUGUCGGUGUUGUUAAUUUUAAUCUAUUUCCGUUAAACGUUAACUUUUAGGAAGUGUAACGAAUAUGUCUAGAGUAAUUAAUAAAAAUUCGGUUGUGCCAUCUGGUGGAUUCUAGGUAAUUUAGUAAAUGUGACAACAUGGCACAAUCAGGACAAACAACUUUAAACACCAAAUAUCAGACUAAUUUGUAAAUUAAUAUGUGUCAAAAAAUUGUAUAAGAAUCUCA